CAAAGACUCAAAGUGAAGGUAACUUUCAGGACCGUUACUGAAGGAGGGAGUGGCUGACUGUUUCCUGUCUGAGCGUCUGCUGCUGUGACUUCAGCUUCACUCAGAGACUAAAUGGCUUCCAGAUUAGAGGAAGAUCUCUGCUGUCCUGUCUGCCAGGACAUCUUUAAAGAUCCUGUCAUCCUGUCAUGUUGCCACAGCUUCUGUAAAGGCUGUCUGCAGAGCUGGUGGACAGAGAGAGGAAGUCAGGACUGUCCAGUUUGCAAGAGGAGACAUUCAAAGAGCUUCAUGCCUCCUAAUCUGGCUUUAAAGAACCUGUGUGAGAGUUUCCUACAGGAGAGAGAUCAGAGAGCUUCAGAGGCUCUCUGCAGUCUGCACUCUGAGAAACUCAAACUCUUCUGUUUGGACCAUCAGCAGCCAGUGUGUCUCGUCUGCAGAGACUCAGAAAAACACAUCAACCACAGAUUCAGACCCGUCGAUGAAGCUGCACGACAACACAAGAAGGAACUCCAGGAAACUCUGGAGCCCUUAAAGGAGAAGUUAAAGGUUUGUGAACGAGUUAAAGUGAAGUCUGAUCAAACAGCAGAACACAUGAAGGUCCAGGCCCGACACACAGAGAGGCAGAUUAAGGAGCAGUUUAAGAAGCUUCAGCAGUUUCUAGAGGAGGAAGAGGAGGCCAGGAUGGCUGCACUGAGGGAGGAAGAGGAGCAGAAGAGUCAGAUGAUGAAGGAGAAGAUGGAGGCUCUGAGCAGAGAGAUAGCAGCUCUUUCAGACACAGUCAGAGCCACAGAGGAGGAGCUGAGAGCUGAAGACGUCUCAUUCCUGCUCAACUACAAGGCUGCAGUGGAAAGAGUCCAGCAGCGCCCCCUGCUGGAUGAUCCACAGCUGCCCUCAGGAGCUCUGAUAGACCAGGCCAAACACCUGGGCAACCUGACCUUCAACAUCUGGAACAAGAUGAAGGACAUGGUCUCCUACACUCCUCUCAUUCUGGACCCAAACACUGCUCAUCCAAGACUCAUCCUGUCUGAAGAUCUGACCAGUGUGAGACGAGGAGGAGAGAGACAGCAGCUUCCUGACAAUCCAGAGAGGGUUGGUGGUUCCUACUCUGUCCUGGGCUCUGAGGGCUUUAACUCAGGGACUCACAGCUGGGAUGUCGAGGUUGGAGACAGUACAGUCUGGUUACUGGGUGUGUUAGCAGAGUCUGUCCAGAGGAAGGGAGACAUAGAGUCUGGAUUAUGGGGAAUAUGGUUCUAUAGAGAUAAAUACUCAGUAGAGUCACCACCAGCUCCACCUUCUGUUCUCAGCAUGCAGAAGAAGCUCCAGAGGAUCAGAGUGAAUCUGGACUGGAACAGAGGAAAGCUGUCGUUCUCUGAUCCUGAUACUAACACACACAUACACACCUUCAUACACACUUUCACUGACAGGAUGUUUCCAUUUAUUGGCACUGUGGAUGAACUCCCACUGAAGGUUUUACCAGCGAAGGUCUGUGUGACUGUAGAUGAUAUUUGUGCCUCCGGCAGGCUUGAAGCUAAGCUAACCCGUUCGCAGGCCGUCCAUGCGUUUGUGAUUCUGGGUAACCGUGAAAAGUCCCUGAAACCGUUCGCUCCCAACGGCGUCGUGCCCGUUUGUCAGUCCGCUCGGUCUGAGCGCCUCAGUCAGGUAAAGCUGUAA